AUGCAGGAAUACCAAUCUUUGAAGAAGUUUGGUGAUGCCAUGCUGACCAAAGUCAAUAAGUUGAAUGAGCUGUCUGGCAAGUUGGAUGAAGCGAUGAAACAAGAUGAGUCUAGCCCACACCGUGACAGAGUCAACAAGUCCCAGAAGACCAUAGAAGGUGCCGUGGCAAUCCUUGAAGAGCAGUUCGAAGCGGUGCAGUUGACAAAGGCCGAAGUCAAUGACCUCCAGACUGGGAAAUUGAAACAACCCGAGAUCGAGAGGUAG